AUGAAAGGAAUCGACCCAACCGUCACAACUCACAAACAAAAAAGACGCAAGUUAGGAUUUGAAGGAUCGCAAGCCGUAAACGACGAAGUGGACAAACUCCUUAGCGCUAGAUCCUUCGUCGAAGUAAAAUAUCCUGACUGGUUGGCCAAUCCAGUAGUCGUCAAAAAGAAGAAUGGGAAAUGGCGAGUCCGCGUGGAUAUUACCGACCUAAACAAAGCUUGCCCAAAGGAUAGUUUCUCCUUGCCACGAAUCGAUCAACUCGUCGAAGCAACCGCGGGAAACGAGUUGUUGACCUUCAUGGACGUCUUUUCCGGGUACAAUCAGAUAUUAAUGCACAAAGACGACCGGGAAAAAACGUCGUUCAUCACAGACAGGGGGACAUACUGCUACAAGGUCAUGCCUUUCGGCUUAAAAAACGCGGGGGCAACUUACCAACGACUGGUCAAUAAAAUGUUCGCUGAACAACUCGGUAGGACGAUGGAAGUUUAUAUAGACGACAUGCUUGUUAAGUCACGGCGGGCAAACGAUCAUAUCACCCAUUUACGAAAAUGUUUCGACGUCUUAAACAAGUACGGAAUAAAGCUAAACCCAGCCAAGUGCACUUUCGCAGUCAAAUCGGGAGAAUUCCUCGGCUACUUCGUGACCCGCAAGGCAUUGAAGCGAACCCCAAGCAAAUUAAGGUCAACUGACAAGUGCCUACCUUUCUACCAACUCCUCAAGACCAAAGGGAAGUUCGAAUGGAACGAAGCCUGCCACGAUGCAUUCAGCAAGUUAAAGAGCUACAUCGCAGUUUCCGAAUCCGCCGUCAGAGGCGUACUCGUCAAGGACGACCGAGGAGAACAACGACCUAUUUUCUAUAUAAGUAAAUCCCUUGACGAUACAGAAACGCGUUACCCGACAGUCAAAAAGGUCGCCCUGGCAGUUGUCACAUCGUCCAAAUCAAUCUGGCCGGUUGACGAAAGGGCGAUCGAACUCAGCGAGUACGACAUCGAGUAUCGCACACGCCCAGCUGCUAAAUCCAAAGUGUUGGUCGAACUCUUAAUCGAGCUACCACUAGACGUAUCCGGGCCAACCUCCGCCGACCCGACAGACGACCGGUGGACAUUGCAUGUGGAUGGAGCAUCUUCGCACUUUGGAUCCGGUGUGGGAAUCCGCGAAAUCUUUUUGUCUUCACUUUGGAUCAGGCGAAAUCUUAGAACAAUCUUUUCGUCUUCGGUUUCAAGCAACCAACAAUGUCGCCGACUCAUUGCCAAUCAAUUUAGCGGUGAACCGAUGGCAGCAUACCUUGACGUCGUCAAAAUUCUGUCCAAACGAUUCGACGAAUUCGAGCUCGUCAAAAUCCCCAGAGGAGACAACGCCCAGGCCGAUGCCUUAGCAGCACUCGCUUCAACAUCCGACCCGGACCUACGACGUAUCAUCCCAGUUGAGAGCAUCAAGAUGCCAAGUAUAGAGGGAACACGAGCCAAGACAUGCCUCGCCCUUCACCAGCCUAAGGAAAUCCGAACCACCAAUCGAACGCCGACAUCUCGUCGGCAAUGCGAACCUCCCUCAGAAAACGACCCAACGGACUGGCAAGUUGAAAUCCGGUCACAUCUUGCCGAUGGUGACAUGCCCACUAACAAAUGGGCCAAGAGACGGCUCAAAGCAAAAGCUGCUCAUUAUACCCUAAUGAAAGACCACUUACUUCGAUGGACCGCAUCCGGAGCCCUUCUCUUAUGUAUACACGGCGACGACACAGAACGUGUCAUGAUAGAAACCCUUGAGGAAGCCGGCGGAAACCACUCGGGUGGACGAGCCCUGGCACUACGAAUCAAAAAGCACGGCCAUUACUUGCCAACAAUGAUGUCCGAUUGCGAAAAAUGGCGAAUCAAAUUGCGAAAGUCGACACCAAGAUACCCACAAGGAAAUGGACAAGCCGAAGCAACAAAUAAAAUUAUACUUGACGGUUUGAAGAAGAGGUUGGACGCCAAGAAGGGCGCUUGGGUCGACGAACUCGACGGUGUACUUUGGUCUUACCGAACAACCCCACGACAAGCUACCAACCAAACUCCAUUUUCUCUGGCUUAUGGGAUGGAAGCAAUGGCACCUACUAAAGUCAGCAGUACGAGCCUUCGACGAACAAUGCUCGUCCAAGAUACCACACUCAACAGUCAAAUGCUCCUCGAUCAACUCGACGAGUUGGAAGAAGAACGCGACAAAGCGCUGCUACGAAUUCAGAACUAUCAACUCGCCGCAGCAAAAUACUACAACAAGAAGGUCCAUAACCGAAACUUUGACGAAGGAGACCUCGUCCUCAGAAAGGUCUUCGAGAACACCACCGAGCCUAAUGCCGUCAAGAUGGGAGCCAACUGGGAAGGCCCAUACCAAAUAUCCAACGUCGUUCACCCUGGCGUUUACGAACUUUUAACAAUGAGCGGCGAACCUGUACCAAGGUCUUGGAACUCCAUGCAUAUAAAGAGUUACUAA